UCUGUUGGUCCCCGUGAAUUUGCACCAAUAGUAAAAACGUUGAUAAAGAACCUUAUCUUUCACGCUUGUAAAAGACUACCUUUACAGRAAAAAAAAAGAAAUAUUGGUUCCAAGUAAUAGGACGUGAAGGCCUUUUACAACUAGCGAAAGCAGAUAUUUUGUUACAAACAAUAACCACAUUAGCCUGUUUCCGUCCAGUUAGUGGCAAAUUGCUGUGAAUUAACGAGAAGAUUGAUAAUUGAAAUAUUGGUUUCAGGUAAUAGAACGCGAAGGCCCUUUAUGACCAACUAAAAAAAAUACAUGUUUUCUUUGUCUUUUUUUAGAUAAUACCCAAACUUGGCCUUUUUCUGUUAGUUUUUAAUUCGCAGCAGUUUGUCACUAACAGGACUGAAACAUGCUAAUGUAAGUAUUGUUUGUAACAAACAUCUGCUGCCCUCAGUUUGUUAUAUAAAAGGCCUUCACGUCGAUGGAUCGCCGUUAAAUACAUGUAAGAAAAGCCCCCGAAAAUGAACGUAACACUCGAACUCGUAAAAGUAAACUGUCCAGAAAUCGCAAAAUUACACAUCGAAAAGUUAAUAGCCAUGGUCCAUUUGGUAGAGAUAACUGCUAUUGUCAACCUGUUUCUCAAUGCUUUUCUAAUGUUGACUGCAACAUUGGGCAAUGGAAUCAUUAUAUUUGCAAUCUUGAGAUCACCGCAGCUGCAAACGCCUUCUUACUUACUGAUAACAAGUUCAGCCUUCACAGAUCUUUUGGUUGGCCUGACAUUUCAUCCUUUACAAAUCGUUCUUAACGUUGAUUACCUACAAAGCAACAUCGAAAGAAUGUGUGAAAUGGCUAAUUUACUAACGUUGGUCAUUGUUUAUUUUGGUUUUCUUUCGAUGUUUAUGGUAACAGCUAUAAGCAUAGACAGAUACUUGGCACUGACUCUAAGAAAUCGAUACUCCAUUAUUGUCACCAAGAAAAGAGUUCGUGUAUUGAUUGUAGCCUCUUGGAUUUUGCCGAGUCUCUUGUCAUUUUUAACGGCAAUCAAACAAUUUGCUGCAACUUUACUGGUUAUUGAUACUUCUCUAUCCGUGGUCUUCCUCUCAAUAACCUUUGUUUUCUACGGCAAAUCUUUCAGAGCUCUUCAUCUUUACACGGCGCAAGUUCACGCCCAACAACCAAACCCAUCGAAUGGUAGUUUUAGUGUUGUUAGAUACAAAAACAUUUUAAGGACAAUGUUUUUGGUGUUAGGAUGCCUCGUCUUGUGCUCUUUACCGUUAGUGGGCACUCUUAUAGCGAGGAGUACUAAUGAAAGCACUAACGAAACAGUAUUUGCUUACUUUGUAUCGCUGACAGUUGUUAGUCUUAAUUCCAGUAUUAAUCCAAUCAUUUAUUUAAUAAGGUUUACGGAUAUCCGUACUAAGUGUAUUCAACUAAUUUGGAAUUGAUUCUAGUGCAUGUUUGCAGGUUGUUUUCUGUUAUUAUGGCAAUUUUUUUCCUUUGUAUUCUUAUGUUACAACAUAGUUAAUAACUAUGGUUACAACAAUGCGGGCUUCCGCCUGAAAUUUUGCUGAUUAGCUUUGAAUUUUGAAUAUUAUAUUAUUCUCAUUUUAUUCUUAUAAAUAUCAAUUGCCCGCAAACUUUACCAUGCGCAAUACGUUCAAAUUAAGCUUUAUAGUUUCAAAAAUGUAAUUCACUUCAAUUCAAUCAUUGUCCGCAAGGCUUCUUCUAUUAGCAAUACCUUUAAAGCAGGGCUUUUCAGUCUACGAUUUUACUUCAAAUAAAUAUAGAAACUGCCCGCAAAGCUUUCAUGAUCAACGCAGGGCUUUUCAAUUUCAAAAAAUAAAAUAAAAUCUCUUCAAUUCAAUCAUUGCCAGCAAAGCUCCCAUGACCAAUACGCUCAAAGCAGGGGUUUUCAAUCUACAAUUUUACUUCAAAUAAAUAUAGAAAGUGCCCGCAAAGCUUCAGUGAGCUUUUCAUUUUCAAAAAAUCAAUUUAUUCUAAGUCAACUAGUACCCGCAAAGCUCCCAUGAGCAUUCAAUACGUUCAAAGCAGGGGUUUUCAAUCUAACAAAUAUCAUUCUAUAUUCUCACUAUCACAUUAUUAAAUUCAGUUUUGUACAAUUCUGCCAACCAUCRCAAAUUAGGCUUUUAUUUAGGCU